UUGAGGCUCCAGUAUUUCCUCAUCAAUUAAGCACCUGCUCAACUUCAUAGUUUCUUCUAAUAUCUCACCCUAUCAUCGUUUUCAAGAAAAGAUGGGAAAAGUUUCCCAACUCACCACGAAAACAAUCCGAGCCAUGUUCUGCAUUUUGCUGCUAGUCCUCACCUUUGGUUGUGCCAGUUCAGCAAGAAUCCUUGAUGAAGUGAGCCAAGUGGCGGACGCAUCAUCAGAAAUAGAUGAGCCUGUUGUUGCCCCAGCUGCCACAUUGCCGAGUAACCAAUUACCAGCUACUGUCACCGCUCCUGAUUCUGUUGUGGCACCAGUAGCUGAUCCUUCCAUCCCUGCUACUGUCACCGCUUCUGAUUCUGAUGUCACACCAGUAGCUGAUCCUUCCAUCCCUGCAGACACAGUGGCUCCUCCAGCAGAUUUACCAGCUGAACCUGAACCAGAUUCAGCCCCUGUCGUCGCCCCUGCUGCUUCAGUUGCUCCUCCUGCUGACUUAACAGAUACUGGAGCAGCCCCGGUCGCUGAUGCAGCACCAGUAACUACCCCUGUCACCAAAACACCAGGAGUGGCCACUGCAGCCCCAGGUGGGGGCACAGCCGCUGCUACCUCAGGCACUAAAGUAGAAAGUCCCAUCCUUGAGCACCCCACAUUCUCCUUUUUCAUGCAUGACAUCCUUGGUGGUUCACGUCCUUCAGGAAGAGUGGUCACUGGAAUUGUAGCCACUUCCGAUGCCAACAAUCUGCCUUUCUCCAAGCUCAACAAUCAAAUCUUCCCAAUUAAUGGAGGAGUUCCUUUGAACAACAUUAACAACAUCGUCAACAACAACAAUUAUCCAUUCCUUGCAGGCCUUAACGGUCAGCAACAAGCUAACACUAUCCUGCAAAACAGCGGAAACAACAAUAUAGUUAAUGGUGAUAACAACCAACCUUUUGUAACAGCCGGGCAGCUUCCUUCUGGCUUAUCGCUUCAGCAGCUCAUGUUUGGCUCUAUUACUGUCGUUGACAAUGAAAUAACAGAGGGGCACGAACUGGGAUCAGCUGUUCUCGGGAAGGCACAAGGAUUUUACCUGACAAGCUCUUCAGAUGGCACCAGCCACACUUUAGCCUUGACAGCACUUUUCCAUGGAGAACAUCACGAAGUUGAUGAUACUAUUAGUUUCUUCGGAAUUCACAGGACAGCCACACCAAUUUCUCACAUUGCCAUCAUUGGAGGGACUGGAAAGUAUGAGAAUGCUAAAGGAUUUGCCACCAUUGAAACUCUUCCUCAUGUGGACCAACAUACAACUGAUGGACUGGAGACAAUUACCCACUUUACCGUCUACAUUACCCCUUAAACAGCAUGCCCUCUAGAUAUUAAUUCAACAUGUUUUCUGUAUUUCUGAAUCUCUAUAUUUCCUACUUUGAAGCAUGUAAUUGAAUUAGUAAAUGUAUUGGUCAUAUUAUUGAUUGAUA